GUUCAACGUCGACCACACUUGCCUCCUGCUACGCGCAUCGUCGCAUUGAAUCUCGCGCUGUGAUCACCCCCGCAUCGGCGGGGAAGAGCUAUGUCCUCGAGCGGCACGAAAUGGACUGCACACAGCAUGCUUGCCGGCGCUGGCGGCGGUCUCGUCGCCAGCAUUGCGACCUGUCCUCUCGAUGUCAUCAAGACAAAGCUUCAGGCGCAGCGCAUAGCUCAUGGACAUGCAGAUUAUCUGGGCGUGUCUGCGACAAUACGCCAUAUUGUACACCAUGAUGGUCUACGCGGGCUUUAUCGUGGACUUGGUCCGACUAUUCUUGGAUAUCUUCCGACUUGGGCGAUCUACUUUGCUGUGUACGACGGAAUCAAGACUCGCUUUGGAGAAUCGCCGCUUGGGGAUACAUCGGCCGAUAAACGUCUAUAUCCCGCACCGUCCGCAAAGGGCUACCAGCCGCUCAUGCGGGAGCAUCCAUGGUCGCUGCAUAUAUUAUCUGCGAUGUCCGCGGGGGCAGCAAGCACUAUUUGCACAAACCCGCUGUGGGUCAUCAAGACUCGCUUCAUGACUCAGUCCCGCAACGAACAGAGGUAUCGUCAUACUCUUGAUGCGGCGGUCACGAUAUUCCGCACCGAAGGGAUUCGCGCCUUUUAUCGUGGCUUACUCCCUAGUCUACUCGGGAUCACACACGUCGCAGUUCAAUUCCCUCUAUACGAGAAGCUAAAGGUCGUUGCACAGCGUCGUAGUCCGAACAGUCCCCUUCCUUCCUAUACCAUCCUUCUUUGUUCCGCACUCGCGAAGAUGACAGCUUCAGUGACUACAUACCCUCACGAAGUCGUGCGCACGCGAUUACAGACGACUCGGCGUCCGCUCGCUCAACUGGACAACGGGCAGUUGAAGAAGCCCACAAGCAUUGUUGCCACGGUGCAGAAAAUAAUCACGCGCGAAGGUUGGCGAGGACUUUACAAGGGCCUCUCUAUCAAUUUGAUCCGGACGGUUCCCAACAGCGCAGUGACAAUGCUGACAUACGAACUACUUAUGAGACAGCUCUCCACGCGGACCGAGCGUCGCUAACCUUUCUCGUUUUUUGACUCUCUCCCCACACGCACAAUGCACAACGCAUGAUUUAUAUCUCCCUCACUGAUGCACUGCGUCUGCUUGUACAGCCAGCGCUCUCUCCACGCUACGACAUAGAACGCACUCGUCUCUGGAAAUAUAUCUGCACGCUCAGUGUACCAUACACCAUACAUACGCUCGCUCGCUUAUUUCUCUUGUCUCUUGUUCUGGUACACGUUUUUAUACUGUUUGAUUUACUCCUAUGUAAUUGACUACUUAUACACUCAGGUACAGGGUUCCGUCGUCUCCAAAAUCAAUUGGUUUAGCAGUUCA